GGUGAGGUGAUAACCAGAUGAUCCACGCAACUAGAGAACAGUUGUAGCAACUCCUGCAGCCUUGCUCACUUGAGCGGUGCCUCAGUGGAUAGGCCACGUCAGAUUCACCGCUCUGAGGCAACCACAUGGCACCCAUCCUGCCUGUCUUACCACGAGUGGUCAGUAGGGGCAGCAACAAGUCUUUUAGCCGUACGUUUACUCGUGGCCAUUAAAAGUGAUAGGUAAAGUUACUCUACUCUAGGGAGGCUAGCUAAGUAGCUAACUUGCAGAUCAGCCAAUUCGGAAAGUUUUAACAGAGUUAAGUGUUUAGUUGCACGUCGUUUUUAGACAAAUUGGUUAUAGCAAUGGCGUAUUUACUAGAUCAUAUAUGUUGAUGCUGUUGGCAGGCGUGUCACAACUUCAAAUUGUUUACAAUCUGCUCGUCUUCAAUUCUUCGCUUUACUUUUUAUCGUUGGUCGAUUUUAAAAAACACGUUUUUCAAUUGUGAAGUUUAGAAAAAUCCUGAAAGGGAUUUUUCGUGGCACGAUGUCUACAGAAGUUGUUGUCGUUGAGUCCGACGUGACAGGGAGUCGCUUAGGUGGAGAGAACCAAAACAACUCAGACGUCGACCGACCCCAGGAAUCCGAUAGAGCCAACCACGAGGAGGGGCACAGAGAUCUCAAAGUCGAUUCAAAACAUCAAAAACAGGGGAUCAUGGAAACCCUCGCCCCUGUCGACGAAAUAAACAAGGGUAACGUGAACAACAAAGAAAAUGACCAAAAUGCCACGAGCAAUAAUACUGAUCCUCAUGAAAAAGCAAAGAAAAAAGUUAUCGAGGCACCUCCACCGAAGGUAAACCCGUGGACGAAGAAGAAUGCUUGCCCCUCCAACAAUCCAACAACUAGCAACAGUCAAGAGACAGAGCCGCAGAGUCCAGCCAAAGUGGUCCGCGCCGCAAAGCCUCGCUCCAGGAAAUCCAGCAAGUCGAGUGACUUCAGUGACAUCACAAACUGGCCCACCCCAGGAGAGCUGGCCAACAAAGAGCAGCAGAACCUCAUAAACUCGGCUGGACGUAAGGGCCAGGGCCCGCGGCGCGACAAGAGACGAGGCUCGGACAGGAAGCAGGAGGCGGGCAGCGACGGCAGCGACAGCAAGGAGAACCGCGAGGCCCAACAGGAGCCGGCCGCCAACCCACCCACAGGGGAGGGACCGGACGAGGGAGAGACUGCCCAGAACACCACCCAGCGCAGGAGAGGAGCUUGGAGGAGGGAGAACAAGGACCUGAAUGACGACGCCUCGAGUGUACGCAGCGAUGGUGGAAGUGUCCGAGGAGGACUGCGGGGCAGGGGCAAAGGUCGCGGGCGUGGCCGAGGUCGUGGCCGAGGUCGCUAUGACUACUCCCACAGCUACAGAGAGUCGUACGCCGAGGGCUCCAACGCCCAGGCGUCAGCUGAGUUUGGCAACAACAACAUGAUGUAUUACUACGACGACGGCAACCGCGUGCAGAUGUACACCGUGGACGAGAGCCUCCUGAAAGAGUAUAUCAAGCGCCAGAUCGAGUACUACUUCAGUCUGCACAACCUGGAGCGGGACUUCUUCCUGCGCAGGAAGAUGGACGCCAAGGGCUUCCUGCCCAUCUCCCUCAUCGCCAGCUUCCAUCGUGUGCAGGCCCUCACCACCGACGUCAACCUCAUCGUUGAGGCUCUGAAGAACAGCACGGUGGUGGAGCUGGUGGACGAGCAGAUCAGGCGUAAGGAGGACCCUGAGCAGUGGCCCAUCCCCUCCGCCCCCCUGGACACACCACGCACCGACUUCACCCAGCUCAUCCACUGCCCCGAGUUUGUGCCCCGACAGAACCUCUCCUCAGGCACAUUGUCGACCUCGCCCACCAAAACCACCAAUGACAACGCAGAACCCUCCGGUGAAUCUAAAGACCCAGCACCAGAACCGAGCCCUCAGCCUGCGGACUCCUCCGCCCCGGCCGUGGUUCCGUCCGGUUCCGCGGUGAAGAGCUCCCAGCCCAAAGGCCCGUCUGGCAGCACAAUGGAUCCGGACACAGAGGAGUGGGUCCAGGUGGAGAAGAGACACCGCCACUCCUCAGGGAAGGCCAAGUCUGCUGAUGUCCCCAAACCCAUUGAGUCCAUCCCGUCUCCAGAACGCGUGGAGCAUGCCCAGACGGUUCCACGACCCCAGGCUGAGCCCGAGUUGGAGGAACUGGACUUCAUGUUCGACGAAGAGAUGGAGAACCUUGGGGCGCCCCGCAAGAACACCUUCACUGAUUGGUCAGACGACUCCGAUGACGAGCUGGACGACAGUGACGUCAACAAGAUCCUGAUCGUCACCCAGACGCCGCCGUACAUACGCAAGCAUCCCCAGGGCGACCGGACGGGGAAUCACGAGUCCCGCGCCAAAAUCACCGCCGACCUCGCCAACGCCAUCAACGACGGCCUGUUCUACUACGAGCAGGACCUCUGGCACGAGGAGGACCAGCUGCUAGACUGUGCCAACACCAAGGAGGUGGAGAACUUCAAGAAGCUGAACGUCAUCACUCAAGAUGAGUUCAACACCUUCGCCCCGAAAACUCCCAUGGAUGCCACCCAGGAAGUUCCCCCACCUCCACCGCAGCCUGAGGAGUCCAGCAUGGCUCACUCUCUGCCCAAGAUGGUGCCCGGCUCUCCCGGGACUCCGAAGACCCCACGUACCCCACGCACGCCCGGUCGCCAGGACCCCAGCAAGAUGCCCCGCUUCUACCCGGUCAUCAAGGAGACCGGCACCAUCGAUCAAACCACCCCCAGGAAGAAGAAGACCAGGCACAGCUCCAACCCCCCCAUGGAGUGCCAUGUGGGCUGGGUCAUGGACUCCAAGGAGCACCGCCCGCGGUCCUCCUCCAUCAGUAGUUCCAAUGCGUCCCCGUCCGAGGGAGCCCCAGCGUUGACGGGCAGUUACGGCUGUACUCCUCAGUCCCUGCCCAAGUUCAGGCACCCCUCACACGACCUGCUGCGCGAGAACGGCUUCACCCAGCAGGUGUAUCACAAGUACCGCAGACGCUGCCUGAACGAGAGGAAGCGGAUGGGUGUGGGCCAGUCUCAGGAGAUGAACACACUCUUCAGGUUCUGGUCCUUCUUCCUGCGGGACAACUUCAACAGGAAGAUGUACGAGGAGUUCAGGCAGUAUGCUGUGGACGACGCCAAGGAGAACUACAGGUAUGGCCUAGAGUGCUUGUUCCGAUACUACAGCUACGGCUUGGAGAGGAGAUUCAGACCUGACCUCUUCAAAGACUUCCAGGAGGAGACACUGAAGGACUAUGAGAAGGGCCAGCUGUACGGGCUGGAGAAGUUCUGGGCAUUCCUGAAGUACUCCCAGAUGAAGAACCAGGCCAUUGAUCCCAAACUACAAGAACACCUCAACAAGUUCAAGACUGUUGAUGACUUCAGAGUUGUGCCCCCAAUGGGAGAGGAAGGAGGAAGGAGAAGACGACUCUCAUCCUCUGGUGGUGACGACGGUCGGCGAAGACGACACAACUCCAGCUCAUCCAGCUCCAAGCCCCUCCCCAGCACCAAGAGCACCAAUCAGACCCCAGCUGCCGCCUCUGCCAAAACCACCUCAGCCAAUCCCGGCUCUGCCCCAGCCAAGAGCACCAAUCAGACCCCAGCUGCCGCCUCUGCCAAAACCACUUCAGCCAAUCCCGGCUCUGCCCCAGCCAAGAGCACCAAUCAGACCCCAGCUGCCGCCUCUGCCAAAACCACUUCAGCCAAUCCCGGCUCUGCCCCAGCCAAGAGCACCAAUCAGACCCCAGCUGCCGCCUCUGCCAAAACCACCUCAGCCAAAACCACCUCAGCCAAUCCCAGCUCGGCCCCAUCCACAGUCAAGGCCCCAGCCAAGAGCACCAAUCAGACCCCAGCUGCUGCCCCAGCCAAGAGCACCAAUCAGACCCCAGCUGCUGCCCCAGCCAAGAGCACCAAUCAGACCCCAGCUGCUGCCCCAGCCAAAACCACCUCAGCCAAUCCCAGCUCGGCCCCAUCCACGGUCAAGACCCCAGCGGCCAGUGCUGCCACUUCCACAGCCACUUCUACCGAUAAAAAAACUGUGCCUUCAAACACCAAGACCUCCACCAGCGAGUCUGCGACCGCCCGCGCCGGACCGAAGCGGAGCGGCUCCUCCGAACCCCGUCGGAAGGAAGCCGCCAAGCCCAAAGAUGGGCAGCCACCAAAUAAAUGACAUCCCCUCCCAGGGAAA